UCUUCAAGGUGCCCACUGAGGCACGCCUCCCCCGAUCCGGGUACCGUUUGUUCCUGCAGGGAACGCUCAGAAUUCCCUUGGGCUUCCUGAACCAUGAGAAAGUUGGCCCGGGGCAGGAGAGGGCCCGUCCUCACAGCUUGGGCUCGAUGCCAGGUGCCCUGGGCACUAGCCCGUUCCAGGACCCUGAGGGGCUUGUGGGGGGCUGGGGGGGCUGACUCAUUCUCCCUCUGCGCAGCGCUCGCACCGGCCCGCAGCCUGCCAAGUUCCCGCUCCAAGCCUGUGAUUUUCCACUUGCACCAUCUGAUUGCUAUUAGGGCUGGGGAAAGGGAAUUCCUGGUUCCAUAAGCCCGUAGGGGGCCCUCGGCAGAUCCCAAGUGGGAAGGGGGAGUGGGGUGUCCCUGGGUGGUGUCGCCCACCUCUCGGCCGAUUCUGCACCGCCCCUGCACAGAGCCCUCAGCCUGCUGCCCGGCUCCCCUGCAUCAGCCCCUCAGUAAAUUGAAGCGAUGGGGUGGGGACCUGCCCUCCUGGCCCAGCCUGCCAGGAAAUGCCCGCUGGGAGCAGACUGAAGGCGCCAGGCCAUGCACAGUCCGGUGCUCCCUCUCCCGGGCAGCUCUGCCAAGCAGCAGAAUGCGAGCGAGAUUAACAGCUGGACUCGGGGCUGCAGUGCUCGGGCCAGCGUGACGUCACCAGGCGGAGAGAUGAGUUCCCAGUGGGACUCUGGGGGGGCUCUGGAGGAGGAGGAACGGGGCAUUCCUUCCUGAAGCCUCAUCCCCGCUCAGCCCCUCCUCCUCCCCCCAACCCCCUCCUGCCGGGCCUGGAAUUGGGUUUGGGGCGGAUUCUGCUUCCAAAGCCAUCUCCUCCAGCAGGCGAGGCUCGUCCUCCGCUCUCCGCUCGCAUUUUCCGAGGCUCCGGGCAGUGCUCCUCGCUGGCCUGCUGCCCUGGUGGGUCAGCCGGAGGCGGGAGCUGCAGGAGGAGCCCUCCACAGAGGGGAGGCUCCGCUGAUCAGCACAGCCGCAGGCACCUGUAGGGGAAAGACCACGAACCUCAGCAGUUACAAACACAAGGCCCAGCCAAGGCCUCCUCUUCCAGGAAGUGCUGCCUGCCGGGAACCACCUCUCCUGCCCUGCUCCCCUUCCUGGGCUGACUGCUGGGAACCCCUGUCCCACGUGGCUGGCACAAAGGAGGUGCCCAGGGAAUGUGGGUGGGUAAAUACCUGUGGAUCCAAAGCAGUCUGGCCCCAGAAAUCUUGCAGGCCAAGCGAGGAGGGGGAAAGAGAGGGCCUCAUUUCCAGUGAGCACAGCGGGGCUCCAGGGAGUCAGCAGGGGUCCGAAUGAGGGGUCCCCAGGCAGGAGGGGGCUGUGCCCAAAGGGGUGACCUGCCCCAGAAUCUCAACCAGACAGUCCCACAAAGGCCCUGGCCCUGAGGGAGCCAGGCGAGUGCCUGUCCUCUAAGGUGAGCUGGAGAGCCACAGGCCCAGGAAGCCUGGGGCACAGGGGUCUGAGUGGUGCACGGGUGGACAGCAACUCUCGGUGGGACCCUGCCACCCUCGUCCACCCUCUCUCCCGGCUGUUGCCAGGUGGGUGUGCAGGUGGUGAGCUGCAGCAGGAAUCCAGAUCGCCAGGCCUGGAGAUGGCUGGAAACUGCUCGUGGGAGGCCCACCCCAGCAACAGGAACAAGAUGUGUCCCGGCGCCAGCGAGGCCCCGGAGCUCUACAGCCGAGGCUUCCUGACCAUCGAGCAGAUCACGGUGCUGCCGCCCCCGGCCGUCAUGAACUACAUCUUCCUGCUCCUCUGCCUGUGCGGCCUGGUGGGCAACGGGCUGGUGCUCUGGUUUUUCGGCUUCUCCAUCAAGAGGAACCCCUUCUCCGUCUACUUCCUGCACUUGGCCGGCGCCGACGUCGGCUACCUCUUUAGCAAGGCCGUGUUCUCCAUCCUGAACACGGGCGGCUUCCUGGGCGCGUUCGCCGACUACUCCCGCAGCGUGACCCGGGUCCUGGGGCUCUGCAUGUUUGUCGCCGGCGUGAGCCUGCUGCCAGCCAUCAGCACAGAGCGCUGCGUGUCCGUCAUCUUCUCGGCCUGGUACUGGCGCCGGCGGCCCAAGCGCCUGUCGGCCGUGGUGUGCGCCCUGCUCUGGAUCCUGUCCCUCCUGGUCACCUGCAUACACAACUACUUCUGCGUGUUCCUGGGCCGAGAGGCCUCCCGGCCGGCCUGCAGGCACAUGGACAUCUUCCUGGGCAUCCUCCUCUUCCUCCUCUUCUGCCCGCUCAUGGUGCUGCCCUGCCUGGCCCUCAUCGUGCACGUGGAGUGCCGGGCCCGGCGGCGCCAGCGCUCCGCCAAGCUCAACCACGUCAUCCUGGCCAUGGUCUCCGUCUUCCUCGUGUCCUCCAUCUACCUGGGGAUCGACUGGUUCCUCUUCUGGGCCUUCCAGAUCCCGGCCCCCUUCCCUGAGUACGUCACCGACCUGUGCAUCUGCAUCAACAGCAGCGCCAAGCCCAUCGUCUACUUCCUGGCCGGGAGGGACAAGUCGCAGCGGCUGUGGGAGCCCCUCAGGGUGGUCUUCCAGCGGGCCCUGCGCGACGGCGCCGAGCUGGGGGAGGCGGGGGGCAGCACGCCCAACACGGUCACCAUGGAGAUGCAGUGCCCCCCUGGGAACGCCUCCUGAGAGGCCAGCGCCUGGGCCGGAGGCUCCCAUGGGUGGCCGAGGGACUGAGCAGCCACCUGCAGACAGACCCUGCGGCCCCCGCCUGGCUCCCCCAGCCAUUCUGCUCCUAAAACGACCCAACUUCCUUGGGGGGAAGUUGCCCCCAAGUGGUGGGGCCCCUCCUCGCCCCGGGCCGGUCAGUAAAGGAGAGGAGGUAGUCAGUCGCCCUGCCCCAUCCAGCCUGCCCCUUUGGUCAACCCUCCGUCGCUGGGUCAGCAGCCUCAUCAGCGCCACCGGGGGCUGCUCUCCCGGUUCCAUCCUGCUGAGGCGACAUCAGGGAGCAAACCCGAACAAGAGGCUCUGUCUGGAAGAGAGCCUUUGUAGCUAAGUCUCUCUCCAGACAACCUUCCUGCCCCUUGGAUGAAUCACUUGGUGACUUUAUAAUGGAAUUUCUGGGCCCGGCGAGCCACUGGAGACAGAAGGGACCUUUAGCCACCUUGGGUAGGUGACUGCCUUUUCCGACUCCGUGCCAGGCCAGCCCUGGGCAGCCUCCUGGAGCCCUCGAUGUGUCCCCGAGGCCACUGCAGACCCUCUGGACAGCUCCUGGACAGUCUCUUGGCUCUAGCCCCGCCGAAAAUGGCGUUCUGCCCUGGCCACCCGGAGACAGGCACCGUGGCCUCAUGUAGCCAAAGGAAGUUUUAUAAAAGACAAUAAAAUGUGUACCAAUAAACAUUUUAUAACUUGCAGCGAGGAAGGCUCA